AUGGCAACCGAAAUUCCAGCACUGGUCUCCUAUCCGUGUGAGCCCACCACUCUGGCUCCGGACUGGAGGUUCGAAAAUAUCAAAGUAUCACGGGGCCCCAAAGAACAUGAGCUGAAAAUUCGGAUGGUCGCAACGGGAAUAUGUCAUUCAGACAUCGUCGUCGCCGCAAUUCCAGGACGGCUUGUGGGAAUGAAGUUCCCGAAAGUGUUGGGCCAUGAAGGUGCAGGUGUGGUCGAGGAGGUUGGGCCAGGAGUGACUGUUGCCAAAGUCGGAGACCCGGUCUUGCUGUCAUACAACUAUUGCUCCAACUGCGACCUCUGCAAUAUGCAGCAGCAGCCGUACUGUGCGUCGUGGCAGCUUCUCAACAUCUUUGGCGAACCAGGAAUCUUUGAGACCACUGCAGGCGAAGAAGUUCCGGCCAAGUUCUUCGGUCAGUCAAGCUUCGCCGCGACGAGCAUUGUCGCAGAGGGAAGCGUGGUCAAUGUCAAAGACCUCGUCAAAAGCAACGAUGACUUGAAGUUGCUGGCGCCUCUGGGAUGCGGCUUGAUGACAGGAUCGGGGGCAAUCAUCAACGGCGCAUCCGCCAAGCCUCACGAUAUUGUGCUGGUGGCGGGUAUCGGCGCAGUCGGGCUGGGCGCAGUGAUGGCGGCCAAGAUUGCGGGAUGUAAAGAGAUCAUCGCCGUCGACCGGGUCGCACAUCGCCUCGAAACCGCGAAACAACUCGGCGCCACAAAGGUCCUCGAUACCUCGAAAGAAAGCCCCAGCGGCGGCAGCCUGGCGGAGGACGUCCAGAAGCUCGUCGAGGGCCAACGCAUCUCGAUCGUCAUCGAAACCACGGCCGCCGUCCCCGUCAUCCAGGAGUGCAUCAAGGCCCUAGGCCGCCAUGGCAGAUUCAUCCAGCUCGGCGCCCCCAGGGCCGGGACCCAAAUCACCAUCCCCCUGCAGGAGUUCUUUGGCGGCAACAAGUCGUUCGAAUGCCAUUACCUGGGCAACACCACGGGCCAGGCCUGGAUUCCCGUCAUGAUCCAGUGGUGGCGCGAUGGCAAGUUCCCCAUCGAGAAGAUCGUCAAGCAUUUCCCGGCGAAGGAUGCGUUGCAGGCAUUGCACGGCAUGGAGGACGGGAGCGCGAUCAAGCCUGUUCUCCUCUGGUAG